AUGUUCUUUUUCUCCGGCAAGAAAUCAGCGCCGAUCGACUUUCCAUACAAGCCGACCUCCUCGAGCUUUAUCAAAGAUAAACACCAGUUUGACGGUGCCGAUUUCAUUUAUGUGAAGUGGUUCGUUGCAACAGAGCAAACGCUCACAGCAAAGGCACGUCUACUAGUUGUCCACGGCUUCGACGAAUACACGCUGCUCUAUAGCCGUUUGAUGGACCAGCUCAGCAAAGUUGGGAUUGAGUCCUUUGCAUUCGAUCAGAGAGGGUCAGGAGAAACAUCCCCAGGGAAGCAGCGCGGCAGAACUAACGAAUAUCACACAUUUAAUGAUUUGGACCACUUCAUAGAAUGGAAUCUAGAAGAUAAGGACCCGGAAACCCCAUUGUUCCUCUUUGGGCAUUCCAUGGGUGGUGGUAUUGUCCUUAACUACGGGUGUGCCGGCCGCUUUCGCGACCAGAUAGCAGGAAUUGUUUGCACCGGCCCGCUGAUCGAGCUUCACCCUCACUCUGCUCCUAGUAGACUUGUCACGGCGUUAUCGCCUCUGCUCGCUGCGUGCUUGCCAAACUUCCGAAUUGACACGGGACUUGACAUAGACGCUACAACCUCAGACGAGAGGUACCGCAAUUUUCUGAGCCGCGAUCCGUUGACAGUGCCCUUAUACGGUUCUCUCCGCCAGAUCUACGAUUUCUUGGCUCGCGGCAAGAAGCUGCUGGAGGACAAAGAGUACGUGGCUAAGCUCCAAAAACCCGUCCUCAUUUUCCACGGCAUCAGCGACACUAUCAAUGAUCCGAAGGCCUCGGAGAAGUUUAACAAACUGUGUACCGCUACUGAUAAGCGUUUGGAGCUCGUUCCCGGUGCUAGGCACUCUUUGUGCCUCGAGACAGAUGAAGUUUUCGAGAGAAUGUUCAACGAUAUGCAUAACUGGCUGCUAGAGCACGCACCAUAG